GCAGCAGCAGCAGCAGCAGGGAAAAGAAGCGAUGUUGGCGGCGGCGCGGGCCGACUACCUGGCGCCCUGGUGGGCGUCCUGGCUGCACGGGCUCCCCCAUUUGAGCUUGAGCCUGCAACCCGUGUCCAGCGCCUUCCGCCCGAGGGACGCCGACUACCAGCAGUCCUUGCUUUUCUUGGCCCUGGUGGGAGCCAUCUUCUUGGGCCUCAACCUGGUGUUCCUUGGCAUCUAUAUAACCUGCCUGUGCUGCUGCAAGAGGGAGGAAGAGUCAGAGACAAAGAAGCCCAAUUCUUGCUGCCUCACCUGGACUGCUGUGGUGACUGGCCUCAUCUGCUGUGCUGCUGUUGGCAUUGGUUUCUAUGGCAACAGCGAAACCAACGAUGGGGUUUAUCAGCUGAUCUAUGCCCUUGAUAAUGCUAAUCACACCCUUUCAGGGAUUGAUUCACUGGUCUCUGGUACCACUACACAGAUGAAAGUAGCUUUGGAGCAGCACCUGGCCCGGCUGAAUGAGAUCUUUGCCACCCAAGGCGACUAUGUGCAGACACUCAAGUUCAUGCAGCAGAUGGCGGGCAAUAUUGUGUUGCAGCUAUCAGGGCUUCCUGUCUGGGGUGACGUCACCGUAGAUCUGUCCCAGAUCACCAACGAAGUCAGCUAUGUUGAGUAUUAUAGAUGGCUCUCCUACCUCUUGCUGUUCAUCCUGGACUUGGUGAUCUGCCUUAUUGCCUGCCUGGGACUUGCUAAGCACUCCAGAUGUCUGCUUAUUACGAUGCUGUGCUGUGGGCUUUUCACACUCAUUCUCAGCUGGGCUUCCUUUGCAGCAGAUGUUUCAGCAGCAGUGGGUACCAGUGACUUCUGCAUGGCCCCAGAUAAGUUCAUCAUGAACAUGACGAAAGGGGACCUCAGUGCAGAGAUCGUACAAUACUACCUGUAUUGCACCCAAAGUCUGACCAACCCCUUCCAGCAGGCCCUGACCAUCUACCAGCGCUCCCUUACGACCAUGCAGAUCCAAAUUCAGGGCCUCAUGCAGUUUGCUGUGCCUCUUUUCCCUACAGCGGAGAAAGAUCUGCUUGGAAUACAGCAGCUGCUGAAUUACUCUGAGACUAGCCUCCACCAACUGACUGCCAUGUUGGACUGCAGAGGCCUGCACAAAGAUUAUCUGGAUGCCUUGAUCGGGAUCUGCUACGAUGGGGUGGAAGGCUUGCUUUACCUCAUUCUCUUCUCUCUCUUGGCUGCUGUGUCCUUCUCCACCAUCAUCUGUGCCAUGCCACGCGCCUGGAAGCAUUUAGCCAGCAGAGACCGUGAUUACGAUGACAUAGACGAAGAAGACCCCUUCAAUCCACAGGCCCGCCGGAUAGCGGCCCACAACCCCACCCGUGGGCAGCUCCGCAGUUUCUGUAGCUACAGUAGCAGCCUGGGCAGCCAGACAAGUCUUCAGCCUCCAGCACAGACCAUCUCCAAUGCCCCGGUGUCUGAGUACAUGAACCAAGCUGUGCUCUUUGGUGGGAACCCACGCUAUGAAAACGUCCCACUGAUUGGAAGAGGAUCGCCUCCCCCCACGUAUUCUCCAAGUAUGCGAGCCACCUAUCUUUCGGUUAAUGAUGAUCACAGGCGACAGUAUGGCAACGAAUUUCCAGCCUAGCACUCACCUGGUAGAGCAAAACCCACAAACAAUGUUGCUAUAGCGGAACCUGACAACAACUGAAGGCACGUGGACUGCAGGGAAUAGGAUUGCCUCCAUGGUGAAGUGGCAGAGAAGGGCGCUCAGAGAGGGAGUCAGCUGAAGAAGACGUCCCGUUGGCACUCCGGAGAGUCUUCCAGGGCUUAUCCCACGUGCUCGACUGGCAGCUUUUUUCUCGCAACUUUUAGUCUUCCUCUCUUGCACACACAGGAUGGUACCCAGUGCCUCCAUCCUCAGAGCUAACUGCUCUGACGUCUUCUCUUUGACUCAGCAUCUCCUCUUCCUUCCUGCCACCAGUGCAUUGCCUCCCCCAACCUUUUUGCGGGGGCUGGGGGGGGAGAGGAAUGAGGGUUUGCACUGUCACACAUUUGUGCACAGGCUUGUCAAUUCCCAUUUCCUUUUCCCCUGCACUGACUUUGGGGCUGUUUUGUCCAUCAUUGAUGGUGUGGUUCGGGCUUCCUUUUAAUUUUAUUAGAGCAAAUAAUAAGACCAGUAUACUGUACAAGUUAAACUGAACACUGACACGUGGUGCACAAUGACUGAAGGGCAAUGGGGUGAAUGCUACGAUAGAAAAUGGUCCUCACUUCCGAGUCAAAUGCAAUAUCAACCACUAGAGUUAAUUUCUUUUUUUUUCCCCUCUGGAGAGGCCUCUGCGCAAAGCCUAUGGCUGGCUGGCUGGCUGGGCACUAUGCUACUUUAUCAUCAUCCCUCUUUGACAGCAUCCAUUUGCUGUAGACGGUACAUGAUCCACACACAGUAUUCUCCUUUGCUCUUAAAAUUAACAUGAAAUUCAGCAACUUUUGCUGUGAUGGCCUCAGGUAUUAGUUGGAACAAAUUGAUAUAUAUUUUUGUUCUUUUGUGUAUUUUUGUUUUGUUUUGUUCAGUGUAUUAUUAUUAAUAUUAUUAUUAUUUUCCUUCCAGUGUUUUAUAUUGGCUAUCCAAAGAACAUAACCUUUUUUUGGUCUUUUUACAGAUUUUUUUUAUUCAUAAUUACAUAUGGAUUGUUUUAUAUGUGUGUGAAUAUUUUGUAAGUCAACUUCUUGUUUUUAGCACUGUUUUAUCUUUCUUAAAAGAAAAAAUGAAAACAAAAUUAACAAAUAACCUCCCAAAGCAAUGUAACUCGAUUCUCUGUGUAUGGCAAAAAGGCCAACUCAUUCAAGCAUUCUGUUCUCUCACUAUGUUAGGGGGACAAAAAUAACAAGGAAAAUUGGAUUUGAUAUAUCGAUAUAGUUAUAUAGAUAUAAUGGGGAGCAAUGGCUCUAAAGCACUCCUUUGAAGAUGUUAUGGGCAGAAAGUGUGUUAGCACAAUUUCACUUUGGUGAUGUCCACUUUCUCCUGCAGUGAGACAACUGAAGUAGUAGUAAACUAAAACUGUUGAUCACUGUAGCAGUUGCUAGCAGUUUUCACUGUCUCUCCAAACAGACCCUGAUUCUCCUUCUCCAUCUGGUAUCAGAGAGAGUUGGAGGGAGGGAAGAUAGAUGUCCUAAUCUGGCAAUGGGGGACUGCUGGGAGGUGGGGAGAGGAGUUGGAGGAAGGGGCUCAAAAUAUGUCCAAAUAGAAAAGUUGAAUGUUCGUUAACCCCCAGUGCCAUCCUCUUACUAAUCGAAUUUCAGCUUUUGCCAAAAGCAAUUUAUCUCUCUUUUUUAUUUUAAAGUCAGUGAGGUUGCAUUUGCUCAGGCUGUGUCGAAUUUUCCCAGUGAGUUGCUCGUUGUUGGAAGACAAAGCAAUAUAUAAAAACACUCUCAUGGGGACACAAACGGAUGGGUCUACCCACCCAAGCACAAAGAACCCAGAAAACAUUCUCAGACCUGAACACUGCAAAUGAAACUUCCUGGGUUGGCAUCAGCCCAGGUUAGCAGCAUUUGUACUGCACACUGUUCAGAAUGGUAACCGUGCUAAAACCCGCAGAGGUACGAAGUUGCCCUCCUAAGCAUACAAUGCCACUUGGAGGUUUUAAUUACUUGACAGCAAUGACUCACUGUGUCUUUUAUCAAGGAUAUCUUGUACAUAUCAUGUAUGGCAACAUAAUUUGUACAUUCAUCUUAUAUGUGACUGACUACAGCAUAAGGCAUGGGGAGGGGAGAACCCUGAUUUUGUGCUUUUAAUUGUGUCAUUGUAACAAUACCGUUAAAACUGUUUUUUAAAAGCGCAUGUGAACUAACCUCAUCUCAGGCUCCUUUGGAGCUAUGCCUGAUUUGUAUGUACUGAUUGGAAAACAAAUAAUAAACACUUGUACUAAAA